AUGUCUUAUAUAUGGGUUCUUGCUGGUACGCUGCCUCCUGGCCAAUGGGUUUUAUUGCCCUCUGUUCCUCCGGCAGCUAGUCUGCUUCCUCCUAGGAAUGGUCUGCUUCCCCCUGGAAAUGGUGUUCUCCCUCCUGGGAAUGGCCUGCUCCCUCCUGGGAAUGGUACUCCUGGAUCACGGUUAGAAGAAAAGGUCUCUUCUCAGCCACCUACCGCUAUUUCAGCCACUAAGACCGUGUAUCUACUUAAUCGACUAGUCACCAACACUUCGCUAGCGCUUCAAGGGUUCUCGCUUCCAGCGGAAAAGAUUAGUGAAGGUUCAAUCUGUAUACCAGAGACCAUCCCCCGAGUUUCAGACGCGGAGCGCAGAAACGCUAUGAACAAGGUUGAUGAAAUUAAUGGUCGUCUAAUGGACCGAAACAUUUCUGGAGAGCGAGAUGUUGGGCUAGGCCUUGUUCAUUGCCAAGAACUCAUUGAUAAGUGGAAGAUGAUUAUUACUACUCUAGAUCCACGACUCCAGGCAAAGGGGGAUGAGCAGACGAGAGAAUGCAUGACUGCGCUUUCUGAUGUAUGCAAUGAACGUCAAUAUCCAAGAGGGUGGACCAGACUGCCCCCUAGCGAUGAGGAAUUGUAG